AUUCCAUAGCUGGACACGUCGCUACAUUAGACGUAUGAAGCUGUCACGCCUGGUGAGCGGCUCAGCAUGAACGGUGUGAAAGUGACGCCCCAGCGCGACGAAUUUCCCCCUCCCCAAGAUGCGCCCCUGCCGGACCAGGACGUGGCGCAGGUCCGGCUCCUGGUCUCGGUGGCGGUGGCCGUGUUCGUCGUCUUAGUUCUGGUACUUUGGAAAGUUUUCCAAGCAAGAAAGAGCAGUCGGACAGCAGUGCUUCUGGCUGGUCUGUGUGACUCAGGAAAAACUCUUCUGUUUGUUAGGCUCUUAACAGGAAAUUUCAGAAAUACUCAAACUUCCAUAACUGAUGGUUCUGCCUUGUACAGAGUAAAAAAUGACAAGAAUAGGAAUGUGACUUUAAUUGACCUUCCUGGCCAUGAGAGCUUGAGGCUUCAGUUCCUGGAUAGGUUCAAGGCUGCAGCUAGGGCAGUUGUGUUUGUUGUGGAUAGUGUAGCUUUCCAACGGGAGAUGAAAGAUGUGGCAGAAUUUCUAUAUCAGCUCCUGACUGAUAACACAAUUCUGAAAAAUGCACCUCCCCUCUUAAUAGCCUGCAACAAACAAGAUGUUACAAUGGCAAAAUCUUCUAAGCUCAUACAGCAGCAACUGGAAAGAGAGCUUAAUACCUUAAGAGUGACCCUCUCUGCUGCCCCAAGUACCAUGGAUAGUUCAAGCUCGGGAUCUGUCAUUCAACUUGGGAAGAAGGGAAAGGAGUUCGACUUCUCUCAGCUGCCCAUGAAAGUUGAAUUUGUUGAAUGUAGUGCCAGAGGAAACAAGGGAGAGGAGGGUAGUGCUGACAUUAAUGACUUGGAAAAAUGGCUAGCAAAAAUUGGCUGAGAAUAAGGUGGCAAAGAAGAGGCCAUGGGAAGAGUAGAUGGGGCAUGCAAUUUAAUAGAGAAAUAACUUGAGUUUUAAAUAGCAACUUGGCUAGGAAAAGAUGCACACUUGGGGCUUGGAGCAAUGGUGAGGAUAUUCAGUCUCUUGCUCAGGGAAGUUUUUACUUUCUAUUCCUUGUUCCCAGAAAGGCUCUGCUGAAGUAUUUUUUAAAUGUAGCCUAGCAAAGUGUGUCCUCUUUUCUGCUUCCCAUUCUCAUUGUUGUAGGUAAUUUUCUUCUUUAAAAAAGGAGAAUCCUUGUUACGCAAACGUCUCAAAAUGAAAAGGAUCAUGUCAAGAUAUUCCUAGAUUCAAAUUCUUUUGCUUUUGUUUUCCUUCCAAUAUUCUUCUCAUCUGAAAUGCUUGUGAUCUAUUCAAUUUAUUUUAUUCUUUCAUUCUCUAAAAAGUUUUAUAGCACUCUGUAAUGGGUAGAAUAUACUAUUGUAACACUAGUAAUAUGGCUUCUAAAAAAGAAAAAGAAAUAGGUAACUAUUUCCAAUAUUCUGUGCAAUGCCUAGCAGUGUGGCUACCCUAUCACUUGAUAUGUGUUGUUUUGCUUCUAAAAAUUGACUGAAUAAUUGGUACACAAGAUUAGAAAAUCUCAAACCUUCCUUCCUUCCUUCCUUCUGUGAUGUUGUUAUUUCAGUAUUUAAACUCUGCUUCUGAUGGGCACUUUCCUAUUCUUUUCUGAUACACAUUUGGUUGGAUUACGAAAUUCUUAGCAAAUGUUAAAUUAUAUAGCAUCUUCAUGGAAAGAGUGUGCCAAGUUUGUAAAUCUACUAAAAUGUAACAUGCUACCUUCUGAGAAUAUUAUAUUUUAAUAGAUUUAAAACUUCUAUUAGUGCUUUAAGAGGUGUCAUUCCAUCAGCUCCUGAAAGAUGCUUCUCCUGUAGAAUGUUCAGUGUUCAAGAGAAGCCAUUAGAACUGCGUACCUGUGGUUCUCUAUCAAACAAGAUGUAACUGUUCUCAGUCAUAUUCUUGUUUAACAUUGUAUUUUAUAUGCCAUACUUUUUACAGCAGAAAUAGGUAACUUAGAAUUUUUUUAGUCUGUCACAAGCUGGACUUGAUACUUUUUCUUGAUGAGUUUCAUUUCCCAAAAGUGUUGUCUGUAAAAAAAAGUGAUAUGUACACAGAAAACACAUUUAAUUGUUGUUUUGAAUGCUUAAUGUACAUCUCUUCUGUCCUGUACUUGUUACUAAAGACCAAGUUCUAUUAAAAUGUUUUUCUUAAAUUGUA